AUGGGCUCCCUGCGCUUUUUCAGGGCCAGAGCACAGCCGGCCUACAUCUUUCCUGACCCUGUGUCCCUUUCUCUCGGCAGCCGCUGUCUCUCCUGGAGCAGGAUCCUGGCCAUCUUUUUCCUGCCAUUUAUCUCAUCAGGUCUUGCUCCUCGCUCGAAGCUGAGAGAGACCCUUCCAUCCCAACCAGCACAGCCACCAGAGCCCAGGUACAACUGGUCUUAUGUGACCCCUCUCGAGCUGAAGAACCGAUCUGUGGGACUUGGCACUGGGAGCACAGCGACGGGUCACGCACACUUCACUCUGAACGGUCGCAAGUUCAGGAUCUUCGGGGGCUCCAUCCACUACUUUCGGGUGCCCAGGGAGUACUGGAGGGACCGGUUGCUGAAGCUGAAGGCCUGCGGCUUCAACACUGUCACCACAUACAUUCCCUGGAACCUCCAUGAGCCAGAAACAGGCAAAUUUGACUUUUCUGGGAACCUGGACCUGAAGACCUUUGUGAUGAUGGCAGGGGAGAUCGGGCUGUGGGUGAUUCUACGUGCAGGUCCCUACAUCUGUGCUGAGAUCGACCUUGGGGGCUUGCCCAGCCGUCUACUGCGAAGCCCCAAGGCCAUACUGAGGACAACAGAGAAAAGUUUCAUUGAAGCAGUGGACAGGUAUUUUGAUCAUCUGGUUCCCAGAAUGGCUCCUCUCCAGUUCCACCAGGGAGGCCCUGUCAUUGCAGUGCAAGUGGAAAAUGAAUAUGGUUCAUUUAAUAGGGAUAAGCGGUACAUGUCUUAUCUUUACCAGGCUCUGAUAAAAAGAGGGAUUGUGGAGCUGAUCCUGACCUCUGAUAACGAGAACGAAGUGCUGCAAGGCUCCACUGAAGGAGCAUUUGCCACCGUAAAUCUGAAAGAAAUUAAGAAGGAUUCUUUUAAUCAGCUUCAUCAAGUGCAGGGAAAUAAGCCCAUUCUGAUUAUGGAAUACUGGGUUGGUUGGUACAGCAAAUGGGGAGAUGAACAAAGGUUUCCGAAAGUAUCUGAGGUUGAAAGAACUGUGUCUGAAUUUAUCAAACGUGAACUGUCCUUCAACGCAUACAUGUUCCAUGGUGGGACCAACUUUGGCUUCAUGAAUGGGGCUGCAUAUACUAAUGAGAAGCAUCAGGGUGUUGUCACCAGCUAUGACUAUGAUGCUGUGCUGUCAGAGGCCGGAGAUUACACUGAAAAAUACUACGGACUUCGGAACCUCCUUCGAUCUGCUUCAGAAAUUCCCCUGCCCCAACUACCUGGCACUAAUCCCAAGGCUGUGUAUCCUACUGUAAAGCUAUUACACUAUUUGCCACUGUGGGAAGUCCUAGAGUACUUAAAUGAACCAGUCAAAUCAAAUAUUCCAAUCAAUAUGGAGAAUCUUCCUAUAAACAAUGGAAGUGGCCAGUCCUUUGGAUUCACCCUCUAUGAGACUCCCAUCUGCUCUGGAGGCCGUCUCCAUGCUAAUGCUGCAGAUAUAGCACAGGUGUUUUUAAAUGAGACAAUAGUAGGAGUUUUAGAUGAGUAUAAUCAAAUAAUGGACAUUCCUAAAUCCACGAAGUGUCAACAUUUGAGGAUCCUGGUGGAGAAUCAAGGCCGAAUCAAUUUUUCAUGGAAAAUUCAGUAUGAAAAUAAAGGAUUAAUUGGACCUGUUAGCAUUGAUAGUGUUCUCCUGAAGGAUUUUACCAUCUAUCCCCUUGAGAUGAAAAUGAACUUCUUCAAGAGACUCCGCUCUGCCACCUGGAAGCCUCUCACAGGGAGUUACGUGGGCCCUGCAUUCUACAAGGGGACCUUAAAAGCUGGCUCUUCUCCCAAGGACACCUUCCUGAGCCUAAUGGACUGGGAUAAGGGAUUUGUGUUCAUCAAUGGACAUAACCUUGGGAGAUAUUGGAAUAUUGGGCCUCAGAAAACACUUUAUCUUCCUGGUGUUUGGCUUCAUCCAGGAGAUAAUGAGAUUAUACUGUUUGAGAAGAUGGAGAGUGGUUCAUCAAUACGAUUUAAAGACAAGCCUCAGCUGUGA